UAUCGGCGCAGAUAUUCGUGACGUCACAUCCCACGUGCCCGGCUUUUCGCCAUUUUCGUGGACAAAACAUUGUUCACAACAUAUUUGUGUCAAGUUUUAGUGUUUAUAUUAUGUAGCAUCCGCAUAAACCAUGCCGACAUAUUUCCAACGUCCCGAGAAUGCCCUUAAACGGGCUAAUGAGUUUAUUGAUGUGGGCAAGAAGCAGCGGGCUCUGGAUGCGCUGUACGACGUCAUCAAGAGCAAGAAGCACCGCACAUGGCAGAAGAUUCACGAGCCCAUCAUGGAGAAGUACCUGGAGCUGUGUGUGGAACUGCGUAAGAGUCACAUAGCCAAGGAGGGUCUCUACCAGUACAAGAACAUCUGUCAGCAGGUUAACAUAAAAUCUCUGGAAGAUGUUGUGCGCAAGUACAUUAGUUUGGCUGAGCGUAAGACAGAGGAGGCCAGGCAGGAGUCCCAUCAGGUGGUCAUUGACGUUGAUGAUCUGGAGAUGCCGGAUACACCCGAGAGCCUCCUCCUGAAGGCAGUGAGCGGUGAGGACACACAGGACAGGACUGACCGUGCCAUCCUGACCCCAUGGGUGAAGUUCCUGUGGGAGUCCUACAGGCAGUGCCUCGACCUGCUGCGCAACAACUCCAAGGUGGAGAAGCUGUACCAGGACAUCGCACAGCAAGCCUUCAAGUUCUGUUUGAAGUAUGCCAGAAAGACAGAGUUCAGAAAACUGUGUGACAAUCUGCGUACCCACCUGGGUCACGUGCACAAGCACCAGCACCAGCAGACCGCCAUCAACCUGAACAACCCAGAGUCCCAGGCCAUGCACCUUGAGACUAGACUGGCACAGCUUGACAGCGCCAUCCAGAUGGAGCUCUGGCAGGAAGCAUUCAAGGCAGUAGAAGACAUCCACGGACUGAUCUGCCUGUCCAAGAAGAGUCCGCGCCCCUCCCUGAUGGCCAACUACUACACGAAGCUAGGGCUGGUUUUCUGGAAGUCCGGUAACCACCUGUUCCACGCCUCGACACUCACGAGGCUGUUCCAUCUGUCAAAGGACCAGAGGAAGAAUCUGUCACAGGAGGAGUUGCAGAAGAUGGCGUCGCGUGUUCUGUGUGCCACACUGGCGAUACCAAUCCCGGCUGCGCGCAAUGCCAUCGACACGCUGCUGGAGAUGGGAGAGGAGACAGCAGAGAAGCAGCGCCGCCUGGCCUCACUACUCAUGCUGUCCAACCCACCUAAGAGGCAAGGGCUCGUGACUGACCUGGCCAAGCACAACAUCCCGUCGUUUGUGUAUCCCGAGCUGAAGACCCUUUACAACAUUUUGGAGGUGGACUUCCACCCGCUGAGGCUGUAUGAGAAGAUAAAGCCGUGCAUCGAGUACAUCGCUGCCAACGACGACCUGGCCCAGUAUGUGCCUGCAUUGGAGGACAUCAUUGUCACACGGGUCCUCAAACAGGUGUCCCAGGUGUAUCAGACCAUUGAGAUGUCACGGUUUGCUGCCCUUGUUCCGUUUGCCACAAGUUUCCGCCUUGAGAGGUUGAUAGUGAACGCAGCUCGUCAGCUUGAACUGCAGGUUCGUAUUGACCACCGCAACCACUCGCUCAGUUUCGGCACGGAUCUUGGGGUCUCCCAGAAGGAAGAGGUCCCAGAGGGCCCGUACAUCCAGCGUAUGCCCAGCGAGGUGAUCCGACAGCAGCUCACACACCUGGCACUGGCCCUUCGACAGGCCGUGAAAACCCUGCAGCCACGUGAUCCGAACCAACUGCUGGCCCAGCUGUAUGCCCAGAGGGAGGACCAGAAGUCUACCAUCAUGAAUAGCUACAAGAUGACAGUGAAGAAAGAACACCAGCGCAUACUGCAGCGUAAGAUCAUCAUCGAGGCCCGCAAGGAGCAGCUGGAGCACAUCAACGAGGAGAGGGAGCGUGAGGAAUAUGAGCAGCAGGAGGCUGCCCGAAUGAAAGCCAAAGAGGCGGAACAAGUGCGUCUGGACAAUGAGGCGAAGGAACGUGAGCGCCAGAGGCAGCUGGAGGAGCAGCGCAGCAUCCAGAAGAAGCACGCGCUCGAGAGGAUCGAGCAGCUCAAGAAGUCUGAGCUUGGGGCCAGGGUCGUGCAGAAUAUUGAUGAGGAAGACCUGGCCAAGAUGGACGUGGACGACAUCAUGGCCAAGCAAGUGGAGCAGCUGGAGAGGGAGAAGAAAGAGCUCCAGGAGAGGCUGAGAAACCAGGAGAAAAAGGUGGAUCACCUUGCACGUGCAAAGAGGUCCAAGGAGCUCCCACUACUGGAGAAGGAAUAUGACGAGGAACGUGUGAGGAGUAGGGAGUUCUGGGAGAACCAGGAAAUAUCACGGAUUCAGAAGGCAAAAGAAGAGCAUGAGAUGCAGAUAACAACACGUGACCGCAUGUUACGUAUGAAGAAAGACGCCCAAGACUUCCUGGUGCAGCUCAAGGACAGACGAAAGAAGCAGUACAAGGAGAAGUUGUCAGCAUUUGAGAAGAAGCUAGUGGAAGAGCGCAAGGUGCGACUCGCUGAACGGAAGGAGCAGAGGAAAGAGGAGCGACGCCAGAAAUGGACGAGGGAAAAAGAGGAAGCAGAACAGAAGGCUCGCGACGAGGAACUGAAGCGCGAGCGUGAGGAGCAGGAGCGUGCCGAGCGCGAGAAACGAGAGCAGGAAGAGCAGGAGUAUGCAGAGAGAGUCAAGCGUCUCGAAGAGAUUGAGGAAAAGAAACGACAGCGAGAACGCGAGAUUGAGGAACGUGAGGCAAAGAAACGUGAUGAGCUGCGAAAGGAGACAGACGUGAAAAGCCGGACCGAGCGUGCAGCCCCGUCCCCUGCAGCUCCCCGGGAGGAAGGCACCUGGAGGCGAGGUGGUGGCGCCACAGAGGAACCGAAAUCAGAGCCCGCAGACAACCAACCAUGGCGCCCUGCCGGAGCUACCAGCUGGCGGGAACGUGAGAAAGAGAAACAUGACAGCUGGAAGAAGGACCCUGAUACUCAAGACGAUGUUCCAAAUGAAAGUGGUCCUCCCCAAUCCAGUGAUCGUUUCCGUGACGACAAAAAGGGAGAGCGAGGUGAGGGUGGUGCCUGGCGACCCACGGGCACAGCGUCAAGGGAUGAGAGAGGCCCACCUGGGCGCGAGGAGAGGGGCCCGGCUGGUCGAGAAGAAAGGGGUCCGCUUGGUAGAGAUGAGAGAGGCCCGCCUGGUCGAGAUUCCUGGAGGGACAGGGAGUCUGCCCCACCCGGUCCACCACGCGAUCGGCGCUUUGAUAAUCGGGACAUCCGACUGGACAAGGAUGAGAUGAGCAGGUCUGGACUGGACAGAGAGCGUGUAGAGAGGGGUUCGGCAGGAGGGACACCUUCACGUGACACAUGGAGACGUGGCGGAGAUCGUGAGAAAGACGAUGAGAAGUGGCGCCGUGACGACGGACCCCCCAAACGCGAUGAUGGACCUCCAAGACGCGAUGAUGGACCUCCAAGACGCGAUGAUGGACCUCCAAGACGGGAUGAUGGUCCGCCCAUGAGGAGGGACGACAGACCCCCUAUGAGGCGAGAUGAUGGGCCUCCAAUAAGACGUGAACCUGCCGGAGGUGACAGAUGGGGCAAGGAUGGUGGAGGUAGCAGUUGGCGUGAUCGAGCAAGCGACAGAGGGGAGAAGGAUCUUGGAGGGGGUGGCGGCUGGAGAAGGGGAGGGGACGACCGUGGCCCUAGAGACGACCGCGGACCUAGGGACGAUCGAGGUCCAAGGGACGACCGUGGCCCGAGGGACGACAGAGGUCCCAGAGAUGAUCGUGGUCCAAGGGACGACCGUGGCCCGAGGGACGACAGAGGUCCCAGAGAUGAUCGUGGUCCAAGGGACGACCGUGGUCCGAGGGAUGAUCGCGGCCCAAGGGACGAUAGGCGAGGACCCCCGCCCCGGGACGACAGAAAGGGACCUCCUCCAAUAAGGGAUGACAAGGAUUCAUGGCGCAGAGAUGGUCCUCCUAGAGAUAAACCAGCCUCCUCUUCUCAAGAUCAUAAGGAGGAUGAUGGCUGGACAACUGUCAAACGUUAAAUAUAAUGUUGAAAAACCUAACAUCAAGGAACAGUACAGUUUUUCGGAAGAAUGGAAAUUGUCAAAAUUGGAAACAAUUAUAGCUAGUAAUGUAAAUGAUCUUUUGUUCUGUUGUGUAUACUGGGUUCAUAUUUUUCCAAAACAACAACAAAAUAUGUAUCAUGCUCUUACUGUUUAAUUUCUUGAUGAAGUUGACACAGUUUUGCAAUACACAAAAUUGUGGUAUAAAUGAUGUACAUUUUCAUUGUUUGUAAACUAAAGUAAUAGUUCUCAUAAUUUAAAAUUAAAAAAAAACAACUAAUUCCAUGUCAGUUUUUGAAAACAUAAUUUCCAAAAUAAUACCAUAUUAAAUUUCAUGAGAUUAAUACAUUAAUUAAAAAGCCUCUUUCCCGUUAUCAGCUCGUAUUGAGUGUGCGUGUGUGCUUUUCAAACCUACUGUCACGCAAGAUUAAUUGUAAUAAUGAUUGACUGACAUUUGAUAAGUACUGAAAAUAUGUAUUUGAUUUGUUGUCAAAAUCGUGUAUUGCUUAUGUUAACUAUCUUAUUUUCUUUUGCAUGAUACCUAAUUAACUAAAAUACAGCUGACUUACCAUCUACUCAGUAUGUUAAUCACGUGUUUAUAGUGCUACAGAGACCAAGGACGAAUAUAUUUAUGUGGAAAACAA